CAAACUCUCUCGCUAAUACACUCUCCACUCGCGAGAGAGGAUUCGACGAUCUCUCUAUACUGUCGCUCCCGUGAAUCUUCUCAAAAGACUCCGAGAGGUGUAGUAUACAAGGGACGAGCGAGAGAGGUGUAGUCCUUGAUACUCAUUCACCGUUUCUCCUCUCGAUUCGAUCACGAGAUCUACCACCAGAUCUGGUUUCAGGAGCGACGCGAACUGUGUGGGAGUUUGAAUCCGUUCUGAUCAUCGGAGAUGACGAUGUCAAGCCCUAUUACGCCUGGGCUAAUGUCGGUGGUGCUCGGGAUUGUACCGGUGAUCGCCGCGUGGCUAUACGCCGAGUAUCUGCACUACACAAAACAUUCCGUCUCCUCCGCCAAAGCGCACUCUGAUGUCAAUUUGGUGGAGAUUGGGAAAGAGUUUGUGAAAGAAGAAGAUGAUAAAGCUCUGUUGAUAGAAGAUGGAGGUGGUCUUCAAGCGGUUUCUCCCAAAGCCAAGGCUUCCUCUGUGCAUUCUCCUCUCGUUAGGUUUGUCCUCUUGGAUGAGUCCUUUCUGGUUGAGAAUAGGCUGACGUUGAGAGCAAUAAUCGAGUUCGCGGUACUUAUGGGAUACUUUUACAUAUGUGACCGCACGGAUGUAUUCAAUUCAUCCAAGAAGAGUUACAACCGGGAUCUCUUUCUGUUCCUUUACUUCCUUCUCAUCAUUGUUUCGGCGAUAACUUCGUUCACCAUACAUAAUGAUAAGUCAGCAUUCAACGGAAAGUCCAUCAUGUACUUGAAUAGGCAUCAAACCGAGGAGUGGAAAGGCUGGAUGCAGGUCCUCUUUUUGAUGUACCACUACUUUGCUGCUGCAGAGUACUAUAAUGCGAUCCGUGUUUUCAUCGCUUGCUAUGUAUGGAUGACUGGAUUUGGGAAUUUUUCCUAUUAUUACAUUCGCAAGGACUUUAGCCUUGCAAGGUUUGCUCAGGUAACAGCUAUGGUUUAUCGGCUUCUUUUCUUAUUUCUAAAUUCUAACAUACGCUUGUUUCUACAGAUGAUGUGGCGGUUAAAUUUCCUUGUUAUAUUCUCCUGCAUCGUCCUCAACAACAGUUACAUGCUAUACUACAUAUGCCCAAUGCACACGCUGUUUACUCUGAUGGUCUAUGGCGCACUUGGUAUUAUGAACAAAUAUAAUGAGAUGGGUUCAGUCAUAGCUGCCAAAAUGGUUGCCUGCUUCGCUGUUGUUAUCAUCGUUUGGGAGAUUCCUGGCGUUUUUGAAUGGAUUUGGAGUCCGUUUACGUUCCUAAUGGGUUACAAUGAUCCUGCAAAACCGCAGCUUCCCCUCUUGCAUGAGUGGCAUUUCCGCUCGGGCCUUGAUCGGUACAUAUGGAUAAUCGGGAUGCUAUAUGCAUACUACCACCCUACUGUUGAAAGUUGGAUGGAUAAACUAGAGGAAGCUGAGAUUAAGUUCAGGAUGGCUGUCAAAACAACUGUGGCACUUGUAGCGCUUACGGUGGGAUAUUUUUGGUUCGAGUACAUAUACAAGAUGGACAAGCUAACUUACAACAAAUAUCAUCCUUACACCUCUUGGAUUCCAAUAACUGUUUAUAUCUGUCUCCGGAACAUCACCCAGUCUUUCCGUGGCUACAGUUUGACCCUUCUCGCGUGGCUUGGGAAGAUAACACUUGAGACAUAUAUCUCCCAGUUUCAUAUAUGGCUCAGAUCUGGAGUUCCUGAUGGUCAACCCAAAUUGCUACUCUCUCUAAUCCCGGAAUACCCAUUGUUGAACUUCAUGCUCACAACUUCCAUUUACGUCGCUGUCUCUUAUAGGCUUUUCGAGCUUACCAACACAUUGAAAACAGCCUUCAUACCAACCAAAGACGACAAGCGCCUUGUCUACAACACGAUCUCAGGAAUCAUAAUCUGCACUUGUCUCUACUUUUUCUCGUUUGUUCUCAUCCAAAUCCCCCAAAAAAUGGUGUGAAGCACGUCUGAACCAGACCAACGUGGAUGAUAUUAUGUGAUAGAGAAUUCAUCUCAGAACUACGCAAUAUGGUUGGUUAGACAUACGAAGAAGAUAAAAGAAGUUCAGAGUCAGAGAGAUAGAGAUGCAUACAAUAUUACAAUGUGUAUAUUUUAUUUAUUUAUAUAAUAUAUGAACAAGGUCAAUGUGUUGUUUCACGAUAUUACGUUAAUUUGUAUUACCAAAUUUUUCCAAAAUCAGUUUAUAAUAAAUACUCC